UAGGCCCCGACCCUCUCUCUCUCUCUCUCUCUCUCUCUCUCUACAGCCACGACGUUUCCACUUCCCGGCUAGAAAUUGCCACCGUCCGGCCACAUUUCAGACGGUUUUUGCCGGGAAUUCUUCUUCUCCCCCUCCUCCUAACCACCCCAUCUCCAGUCCAUACAACCGCCGAAAAUUUUUCAUAAAGGCUAGAAUAAGCGGAUCGAAUGGCUCUGUGGAGAGCUCGAGCGGUUUCUUCGACCUUGUUCAAUAGGCUCCUCGGCGGCCACUUCAACGCCAUCAGCAGCACCACCACUACCUGUCGCACUCUCUCCACGGAUGUAGGUGGGGCAAGUAAUCAGUUGUUUCACUAUGAUGUCAAUUCACAAUUUGGAAGGUGCAUGCCGCUUGCCGAUAUGCACAUUCAAGCCAAAAUACACAGCAUUGAGAUGCACCCAGGUCAAGGUGGCAAGUUAGUUCGAGCACCAGGCACUUAUGCAAAGAUUUUGAAAGAACCCACUUCAAGGUGUCUAGUGAGACUGCCUUCGGGUGUUGAAAAGUGGAUUGAUUCUAAGUGCCGGGCCACGAUUGGUACAGUCCCCAGUGAAGGAAAUAAGCCUAAGAAGCUCUACAAGGCUGGGCAAAACCGGUGGUUAGGCCGCAGACCGACAGUUCGAGGAGUGGCAAUGAAUCCAGUAGAUCAUCCUCAUGGUGGAGGCGAGGGUAAGAGCAAGAGUAGUGGUUCUCAUGGAAAGGGUUCUCGAACACCUUGGGGCAAGCCUACAAAGGGUGGGUACAAGACUGGUCCCAACAAGCGUAGAAAAUAGUGUUCUAUCAUUUUCUUUGCUUUGACACUGCUGUGGAGUUUAGCUUUUUGAUGAGUUCGGAUGGCAAUAAAAGUCGCACUUAGAUGUUACUCGUCAUAAAAUAUUCGAGGUUCGUAUAAAUUUUUCCCAUGUCAAGUUUCUGUAAGUGUUUGUUGUUGGAUGAAGCUGUGUAAGUUGCUUAUUAGUUAUUUCAACUGUGUGUAAGUUGCUUAUUAGUUGUUUCAACUGUGACUAUCUUUUCAUACAUGCAUUUAUUACCUUAAGUAUUUAGUAUCAAGUAUGUUUAGUGUUGA